AUGUGUGUCGCCGUUGCUAAUAUUCAUCCAAGUAUUCAUAACAAGAGCAACUUCUUUCCUUUCUCCUUAACCGCUCCAUCGCAUAUCGAGUCCAUUCAAUUUCUUCUUCCCUAUUCACACUGCCGACAUCUAUCUAUCUAUCUAUCUAUCUAUCUAUCUAUCUAUCUAUCUAUCUAUCUAUCUAUCUCUAACCUAGGCUUUCUUUCUUUCUUUCUUUCUUUCUUUCUUUCUUUCUUUUCUCCACUUUUUCUUUUCAUUUUUUUUUUUUUUUUUUUUGUUACUCUAAUUUUCUUUCUUCUUUUCUUUUCACUUCUUUCUUUCUUUCUUUCUUUCUUUCUUUCUUUUGUCCGCUUUUCCUUUUCAUUUCUUUCUUUUUUCUUUUGUUACUCCAAUUUUCUUUCUUCUUUUCUUUUCACUUCUUUCUUUCUUUCUUUUCUCCGCUUUUUCUUUUUAUUUCUUUCUUUUUUCUUUUUUACUCCACUUUUCUUUCUUCUUUUCUUUUCACUUUCUUUCUUUCUUUCUAGCCUUCAUUUCUUUCUUUCUUUCUUUCUUUCUUUCUUUCUUUCUUUCUUUCUUUCUUUCUUCACUUUUCUUCUUUUCUUUUCACUUCUUUCUCUUUUCUUUGUUUCCACUUUUCUUUUUUCUUUUCCCUUCUUCCUUUUUUCCAUUUUUCUUUUUUCUUUUCUUUUUCUUUCGUCCUUUCAUUCUUUCUUUCUUUCUUUCUUUCUUCUUACACUCUGUUCAUAUCUAUCUAUCUAUCUAUCUAUCUAUCUAUCUAUCUAUCUAUCUAUCUAUCUAUCUAUCAGUCUGUUCAUAUCUAUCUAUCUCAGUCUGUUCUUUAUCUAUCUAUCUAUCUAUCUCAGUCUGUUCUUUAUCUAUCUAUCUAUCUAUCUAUCUAUCUAUCUAUCUAUCUAUCUAUCUAUCUAUCUAUCAGUCUGUUCAUAUCUAUCUAUCUAUCAAUCAGUCUGUUCAUAUCUAUCUAUCUCAGUAUGUUCUUUAUCUAUCUAUCUAUCUAUCUAUCUAUCUAUCUAUCUAUCUAUCUAUCUAUCUCAGUCUAUUCAUACCAUAUUUCAGCCUAUUUAUAUCUUUCUUUUUACUAUCUAUCUAUCUAUCUAUCUAUCUAUCUAUCUAUCUAUCUAUCUAUCUAUCUAUCUAUCUAUCUAUCUCAGUCUAUUCAUACCAUAUUUCAGCCUAUUUAUAUCUUUCUUUCUUACUAUCUAUCUAUCUAUUUCGGUCUAUUUAUAUCUAUCUAUCUACCUCUAG